CUGACUGCAUCUUCUCACCAGUAGUAAGGAUGGCGCGGGUAAAGUUGGUCGUGUUAGGCUUAUGCCUUAUUUUUGAGUUGGUUUUCUCUGAACGAAUUCGCUACGACAACUAUCGAAUAUACCAAGUCCUGCCGCGAACCUAUAAGCAUUUGCAAUCUCUGAACAAAUUAGAAACAAGCAGUGAUAGCAUAAAAUUCCUGACCCCUGUGACCCUUGUGGAUAAGCGAGUGGAUAUCCUUGUGGCACCUCAUAAAACCGCAGACUUUGCAGACUUCUUGGAUCAGCAUGAAAUAUUUUUUGAACUCGUAGAGGAGAACUUCCAAAAGAUACUAGAUGUCGAGCAGGAAGACUUCAAAAAACGUUCUAGCACCUAUGACUGGACCGGAUACCACACUCUCAAUGAAACCUAUGAAUGGAUGAGAUGGAUGCAAUCGAGAUUCCCUAAUGUAAUGGAAAUGAUUGUGGGAGGCAAAACGUAUGAAGGACGUGAGAUUCUUGGAGUGAAAAUAUCAUAUAAAUCGGGAAACAAGGGGAUCUUCAUUGAUGGAGGAAUUCAUGCUCGUGAAUGGAUCACUCCGGCAACUGUGACUUAUAUCAUAAAUGAGUUGGUUACAAGCACAAAUGAGGAGAUCCGCACCAUGGCUGAAAGCUAUGACUGGUAUAUCUUUCCACACAUAAAUCCUGACGGAUUUGUCUACACACAUACCACGGAUCGCUUAUGGAGGAAAACCCGUUCACCAGGAACGACCUGUUAUGGGGCUGAUGCAAACAGGAAUUGGGACGUAAAAUGGCUGACGGUUGGAGCCAGCUCCCAGGAAUGUUCAGAAACUUAUGCUGGUAAAUCUGCGUUUUCUGAAAUUGAAAUGAAGUCGCUCGCCGACUAUAUAGCAAGUCUUAAUGGCAAACUUCACGCUUACUUGUCCUUCCACUCCUAUGGACAUUUGCUGAUGUGGCCUUAUGGUUACACUGAGGACCCUUCACCACAUGAUGCCGAUCUUAGACAGAUUUCUGAAGCGGCUAUUACGGCUUUAUCCAAACGGUUUGGAACUCAAUACUCAAUUGGAAGCAUAAAUUUGGCAAUUUAUCCAAGUUCGGGUUCCAGUAUUGAUUGGGUUUAUGACGUUCAAAAUAUUCCUCUGGCAUUAACAUAUGAACUGAGGCCCAAGUCAGCAAUGAACGGAUUCGUACUACCUUCGGCACAAAUUAUUCCAACAGCGCUGGAAACGAUGGAUUCACUGAUUGCACUGACCAAGGAAGCAGCUUCGCUUGGCUAUUUGUGAACGAAUUAAAUAAAAUUGAGUUUGGAACUGGUA